AGGCGAAUCUUUCGACUUAACUUCAUUAGUACAACUUAUAACUUUCUGUUAAGUUAACACAUCUUAUCCUCCAAAGUAAAACAAAAAUAAUUCAAAAAACCAUCAUCAUGAAAUUCCUUAUUGCAUUUGCCGCUGUUAUCGCCGUCUGCUUAGCCGCUCCAUUGGACGACUCAAAGAACGCACAAAUCUUGAGAUACGAGAACGACAACAUUGGAUUGGGAGGAUACAACUUCGCUUAUGAAACCAGCGAUGGACAAGCUCGUCAAGAAAACGCCGAAUUGAAGAACAUUGGAACAGAAAAUGAAGCUUUGGUUGUUCGUGGAUCAUACUCCUUCGUUGCUGAUGAUGGCCAAACCUACACCGUCACCUACAUCGCUGACGAGAACGGUUUCCAACCAUCAGCUCCCCAUAUCCCAAAAAACUAAACUAACUCCAACUCCCCGUAGCUUCUAAUGCCAUCUUUCAAGUCAUUUUUGUUAAUUCUUGUGCGAUCAAUAGUCAAAAAAUAAAAACAAAAAUUUAAGCGAA